AUGGCUUAAGAUAAAACUGAAGAGAAGAAACAAUAUAACGUUGAUGAGAACUUGGCAAACGGACCUCUUGCUUCAAGAGGCUGCAAUGAUAUUUUUUGUUGUUUGCUUUUCUUAGCCAACAUAGCUGCCAUCAUAGCUAUAGGUGCUUAUGGUUUAAGUAAAGGACAUCCAGAUAGGCUUUUGGUUGGUUAUGAUUCUUAUGGUAGAGCUUGUGGUUUUGAUUCCCUCUCUGAUUAUAAAUACGUUUAUUUGACUGCACCUGGUAGUAUUAAAAAAAGUAUUUGCUUGGAUACCUGCCCUACAGACCCAAUUUCUGACGAAUCAGCUCCACUAACUCCUAAUUAAAAUAAUUCUUAAGCAUAAGCAUCUUGGUAAAAAGUUAAAUUUGUAACCACUCCAGGAGCCUUAUAAACUGAUAAAACUUAUUACACUUUGAAUAUAGAAACUUACAUGGCUAACACAAAUUCGAUUAGUUUUGAUGAUUAUCAUGUUGCUGUUUAUCAAACUAGAGGUUAUUUUAAUAGAGUUUGCUUACCUUAUGGAGCUUCUUAUGAUAAGGUAAUGGGAUAAAUAGGAGAUGCAUUUGGUGCUAGUGGUACAACUAAUUUAGAAAGGUAUAUUAGUGAUAUUAAAACAGCUUGGGGUAUGAUUUUAGGCAGUGUUGGUAUUGCUUUUGUUAUUGCUUUUGUUUACAUGGUUAUCCUUAGAUACUGCUCUGGAUUAAUAACUUGGUUGACAAUCAUUGCUUAUUUUGCUAUCAUAACAGCCUUUGCUAUCAUAUUAUUAGUAAAAGGAUAAAAUAAAUAUGAUGAAGGAGUCACCGCCAGUGAUAAAGACAUGCAAUAAGAUGGAAAAAAUUUAAAAUAUCUUUCUUAUGCCGUUUUUGCCUUAGAUGGUUUAUUCCUUAUUACAUUCUUAUGCUUGUUCAAUCGUAUAAGAUUAGCUAUUGCUAUUAUUAAGAGUGCUGCUCUUUUUGUCGGGGAAGUUAAGACUUCUUUCUUAGUACCUCCUGUUGUUACUAUUUUUUGCAUGCUCUUCACUGCUUGGUGGAUUGUUGCUUUUGUUUUUGUUUAUAGUGUUGGUGAUAUUCAAGGAAGUGAAUAUGGCCCCUUCGCUUCUGUUAAAUGGUAAAAAAAUACAAGAUACAUGCUUAUCUAUCAUAUUUUCGGAGGUUUGUGGAUUAAUGCAUUCUUUGGAGCUUUAAUUCAAUUCAUCUUAGCUACAGCAUGUUCUCUCUGGUACUUUAGUAAACCAAAUGAACCUCAUUAACCUGUUUACACUGGUGUAAAGAGAGGUCUCACUAAUCACUUUGGUUCCUUAGCAUUUGGUGCUUUGAUUUUGGCAAUUGUUUAAUUUAUUAGACUCGUACUUGAAUUUAUGGAGCAAUAAGUAAAAAAAUCUGGUUAGGGCAACAAUACUUGUGUUAAAUACUUACUUAAGUGCUUGCAAUGUUAUGUUGCUUGUUUUGAAAGAUUUAUUAAAUUCUUAAAUAAGAAUGCUUACAUUUAAAUUGCUUUAACUGGUAAGGGUUUCUGUAGUGCUGCAAAAGAUGCCUUUGAAUUGAUUUGGUGCAAUCCUGCUAAGUUCGGAACUGUUGCUACUAUUGGUAACAUAUUCAUCUUUAUAGGUCGUCUCUUUAUUGCUGGUAUUACUGGUUUGAUUUCAUAUAUUAUCCUUAUCAAGAGCUCAUAUUACGACAGUCACUUAUUCUCUCCUAUAGUUCCUACAGUUUUUUGUGUUGUUAUUGGUUACUUUGUUGGUACAUUUUUCAUGAGCGUUUAUGGUAUGGGUAUCGAUACUAUUUUGUAAUGCACAUGCUUGGAUGAAGAACUUACUAAAAAAACUGGUAAAGAUUCUCAAAGAUGUCCAGGACCACUCAAAGAAUUUUUCGACUAACAAGGAAAAAAAUGA